AUGGCUCAGCGGGAGAUUUAUGACGGUAGACAAAGAACAAAGUUUACGGACUUGACGAAUAAUGUUAUUCUGGAGGUGACGGACGCCAUUAAACCCGACAAGGGUUGGUACAAAUUAUCGAGUGCGAUGUACACUGCGUUCGGGUGCAAAUGUUUUGGUGAAAUCAAACGUUCAUUCGCCGAGGCAAAUAAAGUAACUAUAAAAAAAAUACUCAGAUUGAGAACAUCAAUAAAACCGUAUUGAAAAUUAUAUCAGUAAUACUCGAAAUGCUGGCGCCGACCGUGAUUUUUCACGAGCCAGUGGGUUUUAUGACACUAUCGUUAUCGUUAAACAUACACCUGACCAGAGUUUAAGUAUUUCAACAGUCUUUUGUGAUUAUUGCGACCCAAUUAUGUCGUCAAAUUCAAUUAAAUAUUAGACACGACUUUAAACGAAACGAAAUAUUCCGUCGGAAGUAAUAGACAGGUCGAGACAAUGUGUCGUACAAUGAGAAUGAUAUUACCGAGUUUCUACUAUAUCCAAACCAUAAAAAAAAGAAAAAAAAGAAUGCAAUAAGAAUACAAUUGUUAAGACAAGGUCUUAAAAAAUGUUAAAAAUGUUUGGAAAAUUUCCCGGAAAAGUAAAUUUUAAUAGUAUUUUUAUGUGAAAACCUCAAUAUUUUUUUAAUUAGUUCGUAUCACCACGGUAACCCUUGAAUCGAUGAAAAUAAUUCAAUAAUUGACGUCCAGUUCUGCCUUCACAUAUUUCCAUAACAACAGCGAAUUGAUGAUGAAUUUUUAAUUCGAAACCGGUCGUAUAAUACACUUAUUAUAAUACUCUAGGCAACGCAUUCAUUAAUUUAUUUAUUUUAUUAUUAUGUAUACAUUUUUUUAUUUAUAUAUUUAUUUAUUUUAUUUGAAAAUAAAGGUCUGUAUGAAAGAACAUUUUUGAAAAAUUUACCGGAAAAGUUGGAAAUUUGGAUAGUAUUCAAAUUACGACGUCACCAAUAAAUUAUCGAUUCCUUUUUACAUACAUAUUUAUAACAUCUCUAAAUCAACAAUCAAGUUAUUAAUUUGAUAUAAAUAAAAACUGUACGAAUUGUUACGAAAGAACGCCGGGACAAUAUCGAGAAAACUGCUAUGCAAAAGAAUCUGAAAGUGUUGCUCGUGUUAUAGGUGUAAAGAAAGAGGACAUUACGCAGACAAUUGUAAUAUUCCAAAAAAACAAUUAGGGUCCGGGAUAGAAAAAACCAUCCGACUCGAGGAACUUCUAAUUAUAUAAAAGGAAUGGAAAAAAUAAUUACAUACAUUUUAUUAAAAAACGGUACGACCGAAAAUUAAAUAAAAACCUAAAAACGUAAGUGAAACUAUAUUAAUGAGUACGCAAUCAAAGGACUAAACUGCGUAAUAUCACUACGAAACGACUUCAACGUCAAAAAUAACUUGAUUAAAAAUUUCGAAAACAAAAACUCGAAAUUAAAUGACAUCAAAAUACCUAUAAAUGAACUGCGGCAUAAAUAUUACUACGCACGCGGCAAUAAUAAUAUAGGGAUAUAGAAUACAAUACGACAAACAUAAAUGACGCACGGAAAAAUAUACAGGAAAAACCGGUAUCAAAUUGCAAUAUAACCCAGACAGCAAUUUUGCAACGUCAUUAUUAAACGGAUAUUGAGUGCUAAUUGAUAAAUCAAUAUUGCCAAUUUAAGAUUAGAAUUUAAACAUUACAUUUUCAAUGGCAGUUCAAUAAUAUUAAAACGUUGAAAAUACAAUAAUAAUCCGAUGUUAGCAAAACAAUAUCAUAUUUACAUCUCUUCCGAUUGAAAAUCAAACAUUGAAAUUUCAGUGCUUCUUGGAUAAUGUUAUAAUAUAGAAUUGCAAUGUUAACCAUGUUAUUGAGUAAGUUAAAAAAUUAUUUAAUCAAUGAACUGCUGCAUGUAUACCUACAAUACCACUGUACUGUAACAAUAUAUGGUGUAUAUCGGAUGGAGGGAUGGGGUAAUGCGACAAACAGUAUUUUGAACUGUAUUAUUGUGCUAGUGUUUUUUUUAUGAUAAAAUGGUUGUUACACAGUACCUACACAUUAUAUUAAGUACUUACUUAGUAGUUUAGUACUUAUACACGUGUGAUAAACUGAGAUCUGCGAUUAGCUUAUAUAAGAAAUAAAUAAAUUUGAAUCACCCAUCACUGCGAUCGCAUUAUUUGAUUGGAUAUUUUGAUAUGAUAUGCUAUUUUUAAUGAUAUGUAGACACUACCGAAUAACGACUAUCGAAUAAUUUGAAAUAGUGUUAUUGGAAAAAAAUUAAAAUAACGUUAACUAAUUAACAGGACACAUUGGUACGAUUCAAUAUCCUAUUAUAAGAAUAAUCGAACAUUAAUCGACAGUAAUAACUAAUCGCUAUCGCCUAUUACCUACACUGUUUUAUUUUCAUAAGAAACUAUUCAGAAAUUAUUAAGCGCAUUAGUUAUAUAUGUAAUAAUAUUUAUUAUCUACGUGCGUGUAUAUAUAUGUAAACUGUUAAUAAAUAGGUGUAUGCAAGACCAGCUAUAUAAUACAAUUUCGACAGUUUUAAAUUUUAAUAAUAAUUUUAUUACACGUUAUUCAUCAUCAUCAGACGUUAUCCGAAAAUAUUUAUUAAUUAUAAAAUAUAAGGAAAUAAUUACAACCACACGGGUUUUACGAACCGACGGUCGAUAAACGAUAUUGUAUUAUUUAUAUAUUUUUAUUUUGGUCGCGUAUACGGCGAGUUACAAUAGCUAUAAUGCCUAUCGCCAAAUAAAUCGUAAAAUACACGCAUAUACCGUUUCAGUCAAAUUAACGGCAACGUUGAAAAAUUACACGACUUAAAACAUAAUCGUAGCGUUUAUUCGAAUUACAACGGAGCAUUUGUGCGAGAAUAUACGUGUACGCGGCAGUGGCGGAUAGAUCCUAGUUCUGAGGAAGGGGGGGGGGGCGAAUUUCAAAUCCAUAGAUGUAAUGAGGUUUAAUCCCCGCUAUUAUAUUAUUAUCACGGGAAAAAAAAGUGAUAACAAUUAACAGUAGAUUUCCAUAGAUAUCGUAAUAAAUAAAUGUAUGCGGAAAGGCCGUUAAGACAAAAUGUUAUCGAGAUUUUGUUCUCCCACGCGUGUUGUACACCACACGUAUCGAUGGCGGCGAGAUUGAUGGGCGGGUGAGUGGACGAAACGGUACCGAUAACCGGGAGUGGCAGCACAUUUGCGAUAACGGACAGGGUAUAGGUAUUUUUAGAACCGAUCGUCUCUGGUGUGAUACAUUGUCGUUGUCACGUCAAUCGAUAAGCCUGUACAGUUAUGAACGGUACGAACUACGAAUCGCGAGUUCCGCAAUCGUAAAUAGUCCGUCUGUGGCACCGACGAUUAACAGCGCGCGUUAAGAUGUCCAGUCUAAUUUUUACUUAAUUUGACUAGUGAUAAUUAAUUUAUAGCUAGUAUAUAGUUUGUUUUUUUUUUUUUUUCUUAUUUAGUACAAGUGAUUAUUUAUUCGAACGUCAGAAGUACGUACUGUAUUUUAUUCUUUGAUUACCUUAGUAUUUGUCGGUAGGUAUGAUGUAUACAUAACACCAUAUUACACAGUAUGUUGCAUAUCUGUAAUUGAAAAACUACAUUGUAUCUUCGUUUUCAUGCAUAUACCUACAAGUCACGACCUAUACAACAUCCAUAACUGAGUUUGUAUGUGUAUAUAUCUAACAGCACACACACAUUGUUUAUAAAUGUAGGUACCUACUUAAAAUGUACUUUACUUUUGUAAAACACAAUAAUGCUAAAUUUAAUACAUGUAUACAUGUACGCCAUUGUAAGUUAUUUUAUAUUUUGAAUUUAUUUUUUAGAUACAAGAAUUAACAAGACCGUUGGUCAUAAACAUAAAACGAAUUUUUGAAAAACUGUUCAACGAUAAACUAUUGUGCAGUUAUUCGUUUCAUGGUAUUCGGGCAAAAAAAUCAUUUUCAUCAUGGAAUAUAUAUUCAGUAAUUAUUGGUAAAAUAUUGAUUGACAAUUUUUAUAUAUUUGUUUUUAUUAUUGAUAUUAUAAUUUAAUAAGAGAUGAGAGGCCGCACUNAACAUAAAACGAAUUUUUGAAAAAUUGUUCAACGCUAAAUUAUUAUGCAGUUAUUCGUUUCAUGGUAUUCGGGCAAAAAAAUCAUUUUCAUCAUUGAAUAUAUAUUCAGUAAUUAUUGGUAAAAUAUUGAUUGACAAUUUUUAUAUAUUCGUUUUUAUUAUUGAUAUUAUAAUUUAAUAAGAGAUGCAUUCACCUUCACAUUUAAUUAUUCUCAUAAUUCAAGCCAAUGAGAGACCGCACUGUUCUUACCCUUAAGUCGUAUUAUAAUAGGUCAUUUACAUUAAGAUUAAACACACAAAAUUGGAAUUGCUGAAUGUAUAUUUUGGUACAGUAUACGUUGGUAAGACAGGGACAACACGUAUGCGGGUAGUGCGUCCUCUUAACUUGUUUUCUGUUAAACAUAAUUUUUCACAAAGCUGAAAUGUUUUUGAUUCUAUUUUUUUUUUCAAAUGAUAAACUUGGUUAUAAUUGCUCAAUGAAAACAAAUUGAAUAUUGUAUUACCUAUUAUAUAUUAUUAUUAUAUGUGUAGUAUUUGUAAUUUGGUUUUAGAAGCAAUACGAAAGGAUUCAAUGUUUUGCAAUAUUCAAGAUAGAGAAAUAGAAGAUACAAUUCAAAAAUACUUAGCACAAGAACCAUUUGUUGUCAAAAGAAAUGAAUAA